CAUCUCCACGUUCCCUCAAACAUUAGCCUCUUCUCAUCACCAGAGAAAGAGUAACACUCUCAACAAACAUACAACAUGGAGCAUUUCUAUCUCUCCCUUCUCCUCCUCUUUGUUUCCUUCGUCACCCUCUCCCUCUUUUCCCUUUUCUACAAGCACAGAUCCAACUUUACUGGCCCAAACCUCCCACCGGGCAAGACCGGUUACCCCAUGAUCGGUGAGAGCCUCGAGUUCUUGUCCUCCGGAUGGAAAGGUCAUCCGGAAAAGUUCAUAUUCGACCGCAUGGCCAAGUUCUCGUCCGAAGUUUUCAAGACCUCUCUUCUUGGGCAGCCGGCGGCGGUCUUCUGUGGCCCAACAUGCAACAAGUUUUUGUUCUCCAACGAGAACAAGCUUGUCACUGCUUGGUGGCCUGAAUCGGUUAACAAAGUCUUCCCUAGCUCCACCCAAAGCAGCUCUAACGAAGAGUCCAAGAAGAUGAGAAAGAUGCUCCCCAAUUUCCUCAAGCCCGAAGCUUUGCAAAGGUACAUCGGUAUCAUGGACAACAUAGCUGAAAGACACUUCGCUUCUGGUUGGGAUAACCAAAAGGAAGUCACUGUUUUCCCUCUUGCCAAAAGGUAUACUUUCUGGUUGGCUUGCCGCUUGUUUAUCAGUGUUGAGGACCCAAACCAUAUAGCAACAUUUGCAGAUCCAUUCCAGGCUUUGGCCUCUGGAAUCAUCUCAAUCCCGAUUGACUUGCCUGGAACACCAUUUAACCGUGCAAUCAAGGCCUCAAACUUCAUUAGGAAGGAGCUCGUGAAGAUCAUUAAGCAGAGAAAGAUUGACUUGGCUGAGGGAAAAGCAACCCCUACCCAAGACAUAUUGUCCCACAUGCUCUUAACUUGUGACGAGAAUGGACAGUACAUGGCUGAGUUGGAUAUUGCAGACAAGAUUCUUGGUUUGUUGAUCGGUGGCCAUGAUACUGCCAGUGCUGCCUGCACUUUCAUCGUCAAGUAUCUUGCUGAGAUUCCUGAGGUUUACGAGGGUGUUUACAACGAACAAAUGGAGAUAGCCAAGUCAAAAGCUGCUGGAGAGCUGCUGAAUUGGGACGACAUUCAAAAGAUGAGGUAUUCAUGGAACGUUGCGUGUGAAGUGAUGAGGCUUGCUCCUCCUCUCCAAGGGGGUUUCCGUGAAGCUCUUACUGACUUUGCCUUCAAUGGCUUCUCCAUUCCAAAGGGCUGGAAGUUGUACUGGAGUGCAAACUCUACACACAAGAAUCCGGACUACUUCCCUGAACCUCAGAAGUUCGAUCCCAGCAGGUUUGAAGGACGUGGACCUGCUCCUUACACAUAUGUUCCAUUUGGAGGAGGACCAAGGAUGUGCCCUGGAAAAGAGUAUGCCCGUUUGGAAAUACUUGUUUUCAUGCACCAUUUGGUGAAAAGGUUCAAGUGGGAUAAACUCAUUCCUGAUGAGAAAAUCGUAGUUGAUCCCAUGCCUAUUCCUGCAAAGGGUCUACCUGUUCGCCUUUUCCCUCACAAAGCUUGAGGAUCUGUUGGGUAAAAAACUCAAUAUUUUAGGUCAUGUUCUUCCUACCUACUUCUAUGACUGAAGCUAGCAUAUAUAUAUAUAGACAGACACAUAAGCAGAGCCAACCAGCUUGUAAUUUGUUCUUUUUUCUCUUAUGUUCUUUUGUUUUCUAUUUGUAUUGGUUUCUGCGUUGUGUUGUUUGGUGGGUUUACAUCAGCCUCUUAUAUUUCACUAGAUGUAUGAAAGAUAUAAAGAAAAUGUAUGACGGAUAGAGAGUAAUCGUA